AUGGCUCGGAACGCCGAGCGCGCGAACGCGGUUUUGAACAAGUGGCUUGCCGUCAAGGACGCGGUCGUGAAGGGCGUCGCGACCCGGCAGCGUAGACCCCGAGAUGUGAACUCCUGCGAUGACAUCAAACAGGCGGAAAAGUGGCGAAGCGAAGUGAUGCGAGAGAUCGGGAAGAUGAUUGCUCAGGUCCAGGACGCGAGCUUGGGCGAACACCGCAUCCGCGAUCUGAACGACGACAUCAACAAGAUGAUUCGCGUGAAGAAAGCCUGGGAGUUCCGCAUCAAAGAUCUCGGUGGCCCGGACUACUCGACGUCUUCCACAACCCUCGAGGCGACGAGCAAGAUGAGUGCCGCCGGAGCUGACGGCUACAUGUACUUUGGCGCGGCCAAAGAGCUCAAGGGCGUGCGAGAGCUGCUUGAGCGCGAAGCCUCCGAGCAGCAGAAGCCGCGGAAGACGCGGGCGAUGCUGUUCAAAAACAUCACUCCGGAUUACUACGGAUGGCGCGACGAGGAAGACGGGGAAAUGUUGUUGGCUGAGAAGAUCCGCGAAGAGGAGCUGAGACAAGAAGUCCAGGGGCCACACCGCAAGCGCGUGCGAGCUGCACGCCUCGCGGGAGAUUCAAACGCGGAGGGCAAGGAAGAGAAGAAGAAACACAAGCGAGGAGAGCACGGCUCACCGACAGCAGUCAGCGCGCCGAAGUUCCGGUCCUACGUCCCCGUGCCCACGGCGGACGCCAUCGCACGGCUCCUUCUCGAGCGGAAGAAACAGUUGCUUUUCGAAAAAUAUGUCUCCCGUCAACAGCGACAAAACGAAGAAGUGAGCAGAGAAGUCCCUAGGACCAAGGCAUAUCUGCAGGCAAACAUGGAGUCGCGGACGCUCGCGUCGCAGUCUUCUUAA